AAAGUGUACAAGUGUCUCAUUCCACUGGUGGUCUCACAGGUGAAACAUGUCGCGUUUUAGUUUAAUCUCGCUGUUCUGUCUUGUGUGCUUUACUACAGGCAUAUUCGGAGAUUCGCUUUUCGGUGAAAAUAAUGAUGGCGGCUUUCUUCAAGGACUGAUGUCUAACACCGAUAGACCCAUUCUCAAAGCUUUGCUUUUGAAGAAAGUUCUCGGCUUAGGGGGAGAAGCUGAUGAGGUAGAAUUUCCUGCACCCAUAGCACGUGCACUCUCCAGUGAUGCACCCUUUCCAGUUCUCCGUGCUUUGAUGGCACGCAAGGUCAUGCAGAACGAAGAGCCAAACAUGCUUACAAAACUGAUGUUGUUGCGAGUUUUAGCUAACAAAUUUUCAACGAAACUUGUGGAUGAUAUCAAAGCAAAGAAGGACAAUAAUACCGUGUACACUUUUACCUUACCAUUGAUAUGUGACUGUGCUAUGGAAUACAUGGACGAAGACGGUAAUAUGCAAGGAUUCUCUGUGGAUCUCGUCUAUAAAGUAUGUGAACAGGCUGGAAAGAAGUGUGAGUUGCAAUACGAGCCUACCCGAAAAUGUAUGAGUCACGAUGGUGAACAUUUCUUGCUUGGAGAAGGUCUUGGUGGAAAGCAAUACGAUGGCUGUCUUGGAUGGUUUAAAGCUAGGCAGCGUGACAACAUUGUCGCCUUCAGCGAGCCAUAUUGGGUUAUUGAAAACAGCAAUCACUUCUACGUUCUUGCUGGCAACCCCAGCGAUUUCGAUGCAAAUAAUAUUGCUGGAAAGAAAAUUGGUUUUGUAAAUGGUUGGACUGGAGGUCACGCAUGUUUGGCUGACGUUGAAGGAGCAGAUUCUAUGGAUUAUAUGUAUUUCGAAGACAGAAGAGCACUUAUCAAAAGUUUAGAAACUGGAGCGUGUGAUGCUAUCUUCAUGCAAGAUGAAUACGCAAGCGCUGCAGUUGCAAAGGGAUUUGAACGAGUUGGCGACAGUAUUAGCUGUGCUGAACCAGGUGAAACGCAUGUUAUUACGAGAAAGGAUAAUCGACUAUCAUGGUUUAGUGAAACAUUAAAGGAAAUGAAAGAAAAUGGCAAAUACUAUGGUGUAUGUGCCAAGGCCAGAGAAGAGCAUGGACACAAGGGAGAAAUCAAUUGUGUAUAAGAACCAAUAAAUCUAAAGCAAUGGUUGAAGUCCAACGAACGCUCUCACCACUACUUUUGAAAUAACAAUAACAAUAAAGAUACAAUAAAUUCAGUGUA